UGCCCUUUUCACAGAAAGAGAGAGGGAGAGAAAGGAGCGGUCGUCAGAUCGAGCGCGACAUGGAGAAUGGAGAGUCGAGAACGGAGAAGCUUCCGGAGCUGUGCGUCGCUCACGUCAUUUCCCUUACGUCGCCCCGGGUGGCGUGCCGUUUAUCGGCCGUCUCGACCACCUUCCGUGCCGCCGCCACCUCUGACACCGUCUGGGACCGCUUCCUGCCCUCCGAUUGGCAGUCGCUUGUCUCCCGCGCUGUCCAUCCCGUCGACUUCUCCUCCUUUUCCUCCAAGCGGGAUAUCUUCUUCCGCCUCUGCGAUCCCAUCCUCAUCGACGACGGCAAGAUGAGUUUCUCACUGGACAGAUCGAGCGGGGCCAAGUGCUACGUACUCUCCGCUAGGAAGCUGUCCAUUACGUGGGCAGAUGCUCCCUGGAAUUGGAAGUGGCGUUGUCUACCUGAAUCCAGGUUUGCGGACGUUGCUGAACUGCUCGACGUAUACUGGUUGGAGAUUCGUGGCAAGAUCGAAAGUAGAAUGCUUUCUCAGAAAACAGCCUAUGCUGCCUAUCUCAUCUACCGUACCUCUGAUGAGGCAUAUGGUCUCACCAAUCCAUCCCAAGAAGCAUCAGUGAAGGUUGGAGUGUAUACGUCGACGAAACUGGUGUGUUUGCUGCCUAUAGACAUACUCAGCGAAAGUGAUGCCCAGAGGGCCAGUCCUUCGUAUAAGUAUCAAAUAUGCUGCUGCUGCGAAGACUCAGAGGAAGCCGAAGAAGAGGAUGGAGACUCAGAGGAAGCCAAAGAAGUAGAUGGAGACUCAGAGGAAGCCGAAGAAGAGGAUGGAGACUCAGAGGAAGCCGAAGAAGUAGAUGGAGACUCAGAGGAAGCCGAAGAAGUGGAUGGAGCCCCCAAGGCAAGGAACGAUGACUGGAUGGAACUGGAGCUGGGUGAAUUCUACACCGACGAAGGAGAUGAUGGGGAGGUUAACAUAAGCUUGUUGGAGGUGAAGGGAAACUACUUGAAGAGUGGUCUGAUCAUAGAGGGAAUCGAAAUAAGGCCUAAACAGUCUUGCUGUCUCGGGACCACGCGGCGGGGCCCGUCCCUUAUGCUUGUUCCCCUCCGUAAGGCGUGUAUAUAUACCGAAUCCCCGCGGGCUGAUUCCAUCCAUCCAGCCAAACCAAAAGCACGCUUCCUUUACUUUACCCUGCUCACAGAAGGGAGAGCGAGGAACAGGCGACGGAUCGAGCGCGAUAUGGAGAUGGGAGAGUCGGGAAUCGAGAGUCUUCCGGACCUCUGCGUCGCUCACUCCAUCUCCCUCACGUCGCCCCGGGACGCGUGCCGCUUAUCCGCCGUCUCGGCCGCCUUCCGCGGCGCCGCCACUUCUGACACCGUCUGGGACCGUUUCCUGCCCACCGAUUGGCAGUCGCUCGUCUCCCGCGCUGUCUAUCCCGUCGAGUUCUCCUCCUCUUCCUCCAAGCGGGAUAUCUUCUUUCGCCUCUGCGAUCCCAUCCUCAUCGACGACGGCAAGAUGAGUUUCUCACUGGACAGAUCGAGCGGGGCCAAGUGCUACAUGCUCUCCGCCAGAGAGCUGUUCAUUACGUGGGCAGAUACUCCGCAGUAUUGGACGUGGGAUUGCCUACCUGAAUCCAGGUUUGCGGAGGUUGCUGAACUGAUCGACGUAUGCUGGUUGGAGAUUCGUGGCAAGAUCGAAAGUAGAAUGCUUUCUCAGAGAACAACCUACGCUGCCUAUCUCAUCUUCCGAAUCUCCGAUGUAUCACAUGGUCUCGGCUAUCCGCCCCAAGAAGCAUCAGUGAAGGUCGGAGGGCAUUCGUCGACGAAAACGGUGUGUUUGCAGCCAAGUGACAUGCUCAGCCAUAUGCAUGCACGGAGGGCCAGUGCUUUGUUUGGGUAUUGCGUACGCUGCCGCCGGUUGAUGAUGACUGCGGAAGCUGAGGCAGCAGCAGAGGAAGCCGAAGAAGUGGAUGGAGCCCCUCAGGCAAGGAACGAUGAUUGGAUGGAGCUGGAACUGGGUGAGUUCUACAUCGACGAGGGAGAUGAUGGGGAAGUCAAUAUAAGCUUGUUGGAGAUAAAGGGAGGCGAUUGGAAGAAGGGUCUAAUCAUAGAGGGAAUCGAGAUAAGGCCUAAAAACAAUAGGUGAAAUCUUCGAGUGAUCAUAAAUAAUUUGUCUAUUCGCUUUCACUUUUGGUGAUCAAAGAAUCUAUGUAGAGAUUGUGAUUCGUCAAGUUUGCAACAGUUAGCAUUCUGAUGUAACUGCGUUUCUUGUAUAGCUUUUGUUGCUUGGGCGGAGAUUGAGAUGGAACGCUUCAA